AUGGCUGGAGCGGGGCGUGAGGGAGGUGGUACGUUAGCGAAGAGGCGGCAGGUGGGGGGCAACGAGGGGAUGUUGAGCGUUGUCAUCAGCGGCAGCUUCCCGACGUACGGCCUGCGCACUGCUCCGCUCUCGCACGGCGUUGGGGACUCGCGUGUGCCUGCAUCCAUAGGUUGCUCUUGCGGUACUUCGUACUUAACAGAUAUAGUAUGGUGGUCUGGCACUAUUGCAAUGGCUCUGGGUCAAAUAGGGAAUUUCUUGGCCUACACUGCAGUCCCAACUGUGCUAGUGACGCCCUUGGGAGCUCUUGGCGUUCCAUUUGGGUCCAUUUUAGCUUCUUACUUACUGAAAGAAAAACUGAACAUUCUUGGCAAGCUGGGAUGUUUGCUGAGCUGCGCUGGGUCUGUUGUUCUCAUCAUCCAUUCCCCAAAGUCCGAGAGUGUAACGACUCAGGCUGAGCUUGAAGAGAAGCUUACAAAUCCAGUUUUCGUGGGUUAUCUCUGCGUAGUGCUGCUAAUGCUUCUCCUGCUUAUCUUCUGGAUAGCUCCAGCUCAUGGACCUACUAAUAUCAUGGUUUACAUCAGUAUUUGCUCUCUGUUGGGCAGUUUCACUGUUCCCAGCACAAAAGGCAUUGGGCUGGCUGCUCAAGAUAUCUUUCACAAUAACCCCUCGAGUCAAAGGGCUCUGUACCUCUGUCUGGUACUUCUGGCAGUAUUAGGAUGUAGCAUUAUCAUUCAGUUCCGAUACAUCAAUAAGGCACUGGAAUGUUUCGACUCCUCUGUGUUUGGUGCCAUCUACUACGUGGUGUUUACCACCCUAGUCCUGCUGGCUUCAGCCAUCCUUUUCAGGGAAUGGAGUAAUGUAGGAGUGGUAGAUUUCUUGGGAAUGGCUUGUGGCUUCACCACAGUAUCUAUUGGAAUUGUUCUUAUACAAGUCUUCAAGGAAUUCAAUUUCAAUAUCGGGGAUUUAAAUAAACCUAACAUGAAGACAGAUUAA